AGAUGGUCACUAUGGGCCACUGCUACUACAACGAGACCAUCGGCUUCUUCUACAACCACAGCGGCAAGGAGCUCAGCGCGCACUGGCGGCCCAAGGACGCGGUGGUGGUGGCGCUGGGGCUGACGGUGAGCGCGCUGGUGCUGCUGACCAACCUGCUGGUCAUCGCCGCCAUCGCCUCCAACCGCCGCUUCCACCAGCCCAUCUACUACCUGCUGGGCAACCUGGCGGCCGCUGACCUCUUCGCGGGGGUGGCCUACCUCUUCCUCAUGUUCCACACGGGCCCGCGCACCGCCCGCCUGUCCCUCAGCGCCUGGUUCCUCAGGCAGGGCCUGCUGGACACCAGCCUGACGGCGUCGGUGGCCACGCUGCUGGCCAUCGCCGUGGAGCGGCACCGCAGCGUGAUGGCCGUGCAGCUGCACGGCCAGCUGCCCCGCGGCCGCGUGCUGGCGCUCAUCGCGGGGGUGUGGGGGGCCGCCCUGGGCCUGGGCCUGCUGCCCGCCCACUUCUGGCACUGCCUCUGCGCCCUGGACCGCUGCUCCCGCAUGGCGCCCCUGCUCAGCCGCUCCUAUCUGGCUGUGUGGGCACUGUCCAGCCUGCUGGUCUUCCUGCUCAUGGUGGCCGUCUACGCGCGCAUCUUCUUCUACGUCAGGAGGCGGGUGCGGCGCAUGGCCGAGCACGUGAGCUGCCACCCCCGCUACCGAGAGACCACGCUCAGCCUGGUCAAGACGGUGGUCAUCAUCCUGGGGGCGUUCGUGGUCUGCUGGACGCCGGGCCAGGUGCUGCUGCUCCUAGACGGGCUGGACUGCAAGUCCUGCGACGUCCUGGCCCUGGAGAAGUACGUCCUCCUCCUGGCCGAGGCCAACUCACUGGUGAACGCCGCCGUGUACUCCUGCCGCGAUGCCGAGAUGCGCCGCACCUUCCGCCGCCUCCUGUGCUGGGCGUGCGGGCGCCGGGCCGACCCCGGGACCGCGCGCGCAUCGCCCUCCGCCGGGCCGGGCGCGCGCAUCGCGCUGCGGGAGAACGGCCACCCGCUGAUAGACUCCACCCUGUAGC